AUGUCUGAUUCCGAUUCCGAAGAGGAAUCGCGGAGGGAGCAGGAGGUUCUGGCAUUGGCUCGGAGGAUGACCUCGCAGUCAAAUAUCUCCGUCGGCGAAAAGAAUCCCUUCCACGCUGAGCCUGGUUCUGUGCUCGACCCGAAUUCUGAAAACUUUAGUGCUCGCGCAUGGGCCAAGGCCAUGCUGAAGAUGCAGGCUCACGACUCCGAUGCCCACCCUUCUAGAACAGCCGGCAUCGCCUUUAAGAAUCUCAACGUGCAUGGCUUCGGUACCGAGUCGGACUACCAGAAGAGUGUUGGAAAUGUCUUUUUCCAGGUUGUUGGCAUGUUCAAGCAGGCCUUCAAGAUUGGCCAGCAGCGCAUCGACAUCCUGCGCGACUUUGAGGGUCUGGUCGAAUCGGGCGAGAUGCUCGUCGUCUUGGGUCCCCCUGGAAGUGGUUGUUCCACGCUUCUGAAGACGAUUGCCGGUGAGACACACGGCUUCGUUGUCGAGGACGGCUCCUAUCUCAACUACCAAGGUAUCAGUGCCAAGCAGAUGCACACGCAUUUCCGUGGUGAGGCCAUCUACACUGCUGAAGUCGAUGUACAUUUCCCCAUGAUGUCGGUCGGAGAUACCCUCUUCUUCGCCGCACGCGCUCGCGCUCCCCGACAUACUCCCGGUGGUGUAAGCGUUACCAAAUACGCCGAACAUAUGCGCGACGUCAUCAUGGCCAUGUUUGGCAUCAGCCACACCAUCAACACCCGUGUCGGCAAUGACUUUGUGCGUGGUGUCAGUGGUGGUGAGCGGAAGCGUGUCAGUAUUGCGGAGGCUGCCCUCAGCGAUGCGCCUCUGCAGUGCUGGGACAACAGCACCAGAGGUCUGGACAGUGCCAAUGCCAUUGAAUUCUGCAAGACUCUCCGCAUGAGCACCGAUCUCAAAGGCGCUACGGCAGCUGUAGCAAUCUACCAGGCUCCGCAGAGUGCCUACGACAUCUUCGACAAAGUCAUCGUCCUCUACGACGGUCGCCAGAUCUUCUUCGGACCGGCAAACCAAGCAAGACAAUACUUUGAGCGCCUUGGCUUCCAGGCGGCCGAGCGCGCCACCACAGCCGACUUUUGUACCUCCAUGACCAGUCCACUGGAACGUAUCGUGCGCCCAGGCUUCGAGAACCGAGUUCCCCGAACACCAGACGACUUUGCAAAAGCGUGGAAGGAGAGUCCGGAGCGAGAGAAGUUGAUUGCCCAGAUCGACGAAUACGACCAGAAGUACACCAUCGGCGGCGAGUACCUCGAGAAAUUUAAGCAAUCCAGGAGAGCCCAGCAGGCCAAGCAACAACGUGUCAAGUCACCCUACACCCUCUCCUACGCCCAACAGGUCAACCUCUGCCUCUGGCGAGGUUUCCAGCGACUCAAGGGCGAUCCUAGCCUGACCUUUACGCAACUCUUUGGCAACUUCAUCAUGGGUCUCAUCAUCGGCUCCGUCUUUUACAACCUCCAGCAAGACACUGCCAGCUUCUUUGCGCGUGGUGCUCUUCUCUUCUUUGCCAUUCUCAUGAAUGCUUUUGGUAGCGCUCUUGAGAUCCUUACACUCUACGCUCAACGCCCCAUUGUCGAAAAGCACAGUCGAUAUGCCCUCUAUCACCCAUCAGCAGAGGCCUUUGCAUCCAUGCUGACAGAUAUGCCUUAUAAGAUUCUGAAUUCCAUCAUCUUUAAUCUGGUCAUCUACUUUAUGACGAAUCUGAGGAGAGAACCCGGUCCGUUCUUCUUCUUCCUGCUCAUCUCCUUUUGCAUCACACUUGCCAUGUCCAUGGUUUUCCGAACCGUUGCGUCAGUCUCGAGGACGCUGGCACAGGCUCUGGCACCGGCAGCCAUCUUGAUCCUGGCCAUCAUCAUCUACACCGGCUUUGUCAUUCCGGUAAACUACAUGCUUGGCUGGUCACGAUGGAUCAACUACCUUGACCCGGUCGCAUAUGGCUUUGAAUCUCUCAUGAUCAACGAGUUUUACGGUCGCACCUACGACUGCAGCCGCUUUGUGCCGUCCAACGGUGGCUACCCAGUAGGCCCUUACACCGAUGUCUCUGCCAGAGUCUGUAGCGCUGUGGGGUCUCGUCCUGGUGCAACGGUUGUGGAUGGCGCUGAUUACAUCAUGUCAGCCUACCAGUAUGAGCACAGUCACAAGUGGCGUAACUUUGGCAUCCUCUGGGUAUUCAUCUUCGGCCUCGGAUUCUGUUAUCUUGCUGCUGCCGAGUUCAUCUCUGCAAAGAAGUCAAAGGGUGAGGUUCUCGUCUUCCGCCGCGGUCACGCCCCGGCUAUCGUCACCAGGAAGAAGGCCGUCGACGAAGAGACUGCACAGGACGGUGGGAUUGUGGCCAUGUCGUCAACCAAGGUCGACCACAAGGCCAUGAUCCAGAAGCAGACUGCCAUCUUUCACUGGCGCGAUGUCUGCUACGACAUCAAAAUCAAAGGAAAGCCCCGUCGCAUUCUCGAUCACGUCGAUGGAUGGGUCAAGCCGGGCACACUGACUGCACUCAUGGGUGUCUCGGGCGCUGGAAAGACUACGCUACUCGACGUGCUCGCAACUCGCUAUACGAUGGGUGUUGUCAGCGGUGAGAUGCUUGUUGAUGGCCGGCACCGCGAUACUUCGUUCCAACGGAAGACUGGAUAUGUACAGCAACAGGACCUGCACCUCUCAACCUCGACUGUUCGCGAAGCGCUCAACUUUAGCGCCCUCCUCCGCCAGCCGGCCCAUGUCCCGCGAAAGGAAAAGCUGGCCUACGUCAAUGAAGUCAUUGCUCUCCUAGACAUGGAAGAAUAUGCCGACGCCGUGGUCGGUGUUCCUGGUGAAGGUCUCAACGUCGAGCAGCGUAAGCGUCUUACCAUCGGUGUCGAGCUUGCCGCGCGUCCACAGUUGUUGAUCUUCCUCGACGAGCCCACUUCCGGCCUCGACAGUCAGACAUCCUGGUCCAUCUGCGACCUGAUGGAGAAGCUGGCUCGAGACUCGCAACAGGCCGUUCUCUUCACCAUCCAUCAGCCCUCGGCAGUCCUGUUCCAACGUUUCGACCGACUCCUGUUCCUGAAAUCCGGCGGCCAGACUGUCUACUUUGGGGAGAUUGGCGAGAACUCUGAAACGAUGACAAAGUACUUUGAGCGAAAUGGCGGCUUCCCCUGUCCAAAGGAUGCCAAUCCGGCAGAAUGGAUGCUUGAGGUUAUCGGUGCCGCGCCUGGCUCGAGCACUGACGUGGACUGGCACCAGACCUGGCGCGACAGCCCUGAAUACGCCGAGGUCCACAAGGAGCUUGACCGUCUCAAGAGAGAGCGACCGGCGCAGGCUGAACCGACGACGGAUCCCAACGACAAGACCAGUUUCCGCGAGUUUGCCGCUCCAUUCCCCGAGCAGUUCUACCUCGUCACGAAGCGUGUCUUUGAGCAAUACUGGCGCACUCCCUCGUACAUCUUCUCCAAGACAGCCCUCUGUGUCUGCUCCGGUCUCUUCAUCGGCUUCUCAUUCUUCAACGUCCGCAACACCCAGCAGGGUCUGCAGAAUCAGCUCUUCGCUCUGUUCAUGUUGAUGACCAUCUUCGGCCAGCUCGCGCAGCAGAUCAUGCCCAACUUUGUCACUCAGCGUGCCCUGUACGAGGUGCGUGAGCGUCCAUCCAAGACAUACUCGUGGAAGGCGUUUAUGCUCAGCAAUCUGCUUGUUGAGAUGCCCUGGAGUACGUUGAUGGCGGUGCUGCUGUUCGCUACCUUUUACUAUCCCAUCGGCCUCUAUCGGAACGCCGAGCCGACCGAUUCGGUGCACCUCCGCGGGGCGCAAAUGUUUUUGUUCAUCUGGGUAUUCUUGUUAUUUACGUCGACCUUUGCACACAUGAUGAUUGCCGGUAUCGAUACAGCAGAGACGGGUGGCAACGCUGCCAACCUGUUGUUCUCUCUGGCCUUGAUCUUCUGCGGUGUCUUGCAGACAGCCGAGGCCCUGCCGCGAUUCUGGAUCUUCAUGUACCGCGUCUCGCCCUUUACAUACCUCAUCUCGGGCAUGCUGAGCACCGCCGUUGCGGACUCGGCCGUCACCUGCGCCGACAACGAGUACCUGCACUUCAACCCGCCCGCGGGCCAGCAGUGCGGCGAGUACAUGAGCCUGUACGUGAACGGGACGCAGGGCAUUGCGGGCGCGGGCGGCUACAUCCAGGACCUGAGCGCGACGGCGAACUGCAGCUACUGCCCGAUUGACAGCACAAACACGUUCCUUGCGGGCAUUGACAUCUACUACUCGGAUGCGUGGCGGAAUUUCGGCAUCAUGUGGGUGUAUAUUGUGUUUAACAUUUUUGGGGCUGUUGCGUUGUAUUGGCUGGUGCGCAUGCCGAAGACGUCGAAGAAGGAGAAGGACGAGUAG